UUUCCAUAUGAGGGUCAAAGUUGACAGAAACCUAUACUACUUCCUUUCCUGCCAUUGGAGGCCGUAGAACAGCAUCAGCAUGGGCAAGUUUAUGAAGCCUGGGAAGGUGGUGAUGGUCCUCGCUGGACGCUACGCCGGCCGCAAAGCUGUCAUCGUGAAGAAUAUCGAUGAUGGCACGGCCGACCGCCCUUACAGCCACGCUCUGGUCGCAGGCAUCGACCGCUACCCCCGCAAAGUGACCAACAGCAUGGGCAAGAAGAAGGUUGCCAAGAGAUCCAAGAUCAAGGCUUUUGUCAAAGUGUUCAACUACAACCACCUCAUGCCCACCAGAUACUCUGUGGACAUUCCUCUGGACAAAACUGUUGUCAACAAGGACGUAUUCAGGGAUCCUGCUCUCAAAUCCAAAGCCAGAAGGGAGGCUAAGGUCAAGUUUGAAGAGAGGUAUAAGACGGGCAAGAACAAGUGGUUCUUCCAGAAGCUCAGAUUCUAAAUUCCCUCAGUUUCACUAAUAAAAAGUAGAUGAAAAGGUUCAUGGUGCCGACCUCCGUGAUCUCCUCCUGCUCGCCGUACAGCCACAGCACCUGCUGGCAGCCUCGCUGCACUGCCUCGUUCUGCACCGCGAUGGUUGGACCGUAGUUCCUUAAAGACAAUGAAGAUCAAUCUUGGUCAUCAUCAUUUUGUUGUUUUACUGUCCUAAACAGUGGUGUCCAAAGUGUGGCCCAGACCGAAUUUUGUUGGCCCGCAGCAUAUUGUCGGGGGGAAAAAAUGGACUGUAAUGAGAAAAAGCUGAUAAAUAAUAUACUUAGUUACUUAUAACACAGAGCUGACAACGUUUUUUCUUUAAAUAUAUAUGUAAUCUGUUUUUAGUAUUUUAUUUUUAUUUAUUUUUUAAUUAAAAAAUCUCAAAAUGGC